AUGGCGCUAGCCGUGCGCCUCCGGCGCCUACUCCUUGUGGGACGUAGCGCCGCCCGGGGACUUCGACUUCCGGCAGGUGCUGCCGGCAGCCGGGGGCAGCGUGUUCCUUGGCGACUCGCCGCCUCUGAGGUAACGGGAAACUCAGGAACUUUCAAAAGAAGUUUUUUAUUUUCUGCCCUGUCUUAUUUGGGUUUUGAAACUUAUCAAGUCAUUUCCCAGGCUGUUGUGGUUCAUGCCGCAGCCAAAGUCUUCAAAAUUGAAGAAAUCCUUGAACAAGCAGACUACUUAUAUGAAAGUGGAGAAACAGAAAAACUUUACCAAUUGCUAACCCAGUACAAGGAAAGUGAAGAUGCAGAGUUACUGUGGCGUUUGGCACGGGCAUCACGUGAUGUAGCUCAGCUUAGUGGAACGUCAGAAGAGGAGAAAAAGGUUUUGGUAUAUGAAGCCCUAGAGUAUGCUAAAAGGGCACUUGAGAAAAAUGAAUCAAGUUUUGCGGCCCAUAAGUGGUAUGCAAUCUGUAUUAGUGAUGUUGGAGAUUAUGAAGGAAUCAAGGCUAAAAUUGCAAAUGCCUACAUUAUCAAGGAGCAUUUUGAGAAAGCAAUUGAGCUGAACCCUAAAGAUGCUACUUCAAUUCACCUUAUGGGUAUUUGGUGUUACACAUUUGCUGAAAUGCCUUGGUAUCAAAGAAGGAUUGCCAAAGUGCUGUUUGCAACUCCGCCUAGCUCCACCUACGAGGAGGCCCUAGGCUACUUUCACAGGGCAGAGCAAGUGGAUCCAAACUUCUACAGCAAAAACUUGCUCCUUCUAGGAAAGACGUAUUUGAAGCUGCACAACAGAAAGCUCGCUGCUUUCUGGCUGACAAAAGCCAAGGACCACCCAGCGCACACAGAGGAGGAUAAACAGGUACAGACGGAAGCUGCUCAGUUACUCACAGGCUUCAGUGACAAGAACUGA